AAUCGUUCCACAGGCACUCAAGCAUCAUGCACCUGAUCCUCCUCGUCUGUCUGGCUGGCCUGGUGGCCGCCUCCCCGAUGCCUCAGAACCGCCACCCCGAGUACGACGCCCAGAUCCUGGUGGACGAGCGCGAGGACCGCGGCGACGGCAACUUCAGGUACCGCUUCGAGACCAGCAACGGCAUUAACACCGAGAAGGUUGGCACUCCAGGCUCCCAGGGCCAGAGCAACAUGCAGGGAGCCUUCAGCUUCCCCCUCCCCGAAGGAGGAGUCGCUCAGUUCACUUACGUCGCUGACGAGUUCGGUUACCAACCUUCCUCCGACCUCCUGCCCCAGCCCCCUCCCCUCCCCGCCCACGUCUACAGACUCCUCGAGAUCGCCGAACAGCAGAGGGCUCAGGGAAUCACCUUCGAGAAGAAAUAAUUAACGCCAUUUAACAGACAUUCAUCGUUACCCCUAAAAUAGAAUAUACAGUAAUGCAUUCCAUUAAUAGAAAAUGUACAUAGUGUAUGUGUGGAUAUCGUGGACUGUAUAGGCAGCAUUUCUAAUAAAUGAGUUGCAUGAU